CAUUACCCUCCCCCCCUGUGCCUUGCAUGACGGGCAGCGGGCCAGGUCGGGAGUCGGGUCAAAUCAGUCAACUGUCAUGGAUUUCGUAUAUAGGCCUGGGAGCAUCCCGGAGUUGUGGCACGGCCUUGUGCAGCUGAGGGAGUGCACCGGAGAGAAGAGUGUGAGAGCGAGCGAGUGCGAGCAGCGACAGGGACGAGAAGAGACUCUAUUUCAUGACAGCGACGACCAGUUGAACCAACCACCCGCCCACCCACACCCCGUAUCUACCAGCCCGUCCUUACACCCGUCCGUUCCUUUUCCUGCUGAUCACGGCCAUGCUUAUGACGAUUAUGAUGAAUACGGUCACGUCUCUCGCUUGAAAUACCUGCCUAACCCCCAUCCGGACCCAGUCGCUCCCUUUUUUGGCCUGCUACCACGAACCAGCACACACGCUCACACAUACGCAUACGCACGAACCUAUACACGCAACCACACGGCUGGCCGAUAUCCUGUCGCUCCUUUUACUGGGUUGAGUCCAGUAUAUGGCUAUCGGCCACAUCUAUACUCACGCCAUUGGGUCGACGCAGCUUGAUACGGACUCGGCGCACACCAGACUGAACUCGAAUCCGCAAGGUCGGGAUAUCGAAGGACCGGAGCCGCUAGAUCGCAACCGCCAACCAAGAUGACGGACAACGCCGAGACCAUCGAGUCUCGGGAUCCAGACUGUAAGCAAGAGACCUACGGGCUCUCGACCCUCGUGCCGCCCACCUCCGCCGACGCUUCCACCACGAAGGAGAUGGACCCUAAAAAAACCGACUCGUAUUUCUCCCACCAACCUCACGCCCUCUCCGUCGACUUCCAGUGCCACAAGGGCGACGGCACCGUGCCCGCCGUCUCGCCUCUCUCUACGGGCAGCGUCCUGUCGCUCUCGCCUUCGCUCUUCCCACUCCCGCCCACCACCGGCACACUAACACCGCCAUCCUCACCCACAACAUCACAGCAUACCCGGCCUCGCUCUCGGUCCGCGUCCCGGGCGACGUCGUCGCAUUCGAGUGCUGGCUCAGCAUGGUUCUGCCCUCCGUCCCCGCCGCCCUCUACCCCACUGCCGCCGCUGCCCAAGCUGUCGCCGGCCAAGCUGGCCACCACCCGUCUCCGGACGAUGGAUCUAGCGACAGCAGACACGGAAACCAGCCCGGUGAUAAUACUGCGGCAGUCUGCAAAUAGUAUCAGCAGCCCCCACGGCAGUUUUCUCCAGGUCGAUAACCGGGAAAGCUUCCGGGAAUCGGCCGUAGACCCGGAUAUCCUCCCAAUGCCCCCUCGAUCGUCACUGCCUCCGCCAUACUCACCGGGCUUGCUCACGCCAGAGAGACGGGACAGCAUCGACGGAGCGAGCACGCGCGUGGAUUCGACCGUGCCGCUGAUGGCGUAUCAGGCUGUGGCCGGCCACGCCAGUUUCCAAUCGCAAAGCUCGGCGACGGCGUACACGCUAGUUAAGCGGCCAGACAACGACGUCGAGGCGCUCCCCGACCCGAAGCGGAAGCGCAGGAGGAAGAUCGCGAUCAUCGCCGGGGUGGUAUCUACGGUGGCGGUGGCGGUCAUCGUGGGUGUUUCCGUCGGGGUUUACUUCUCCAUGUCGACGAAUUCCAGAGCCUCGGAAUAGGUAAAAGUAACGCAAAGGGUGACGCCGCAGCAUGUUAUGAUAAUGAGAAGAAAAAAAAGAAGAAAAAAGCAGGCAAAGGAAAAAGAAACGAAACGAAAUGAAACGAAAUAUGAGGUCAUGUAAGUUAUACAUACAUAUAUACACGCGUGUAAGUAUUACACCUAUCACGAACCAAAAGCGGUCCCCCCUUCUCAGAAGGGGAGUGGACAGAGACGGGUUACGAGGCGACUGCGGGUGCGAUGCCAGGAUGAGCACCGCCCAAGUGGCUUGCCAGCAGCAUAGCAUGACAUGAAUGAAUGGAUGCAUGCACAGUGGUUACCUUUUGUAGAUAGAUAGGUAGAUAUGUAGAUAGAAAUACACUGUACAAUAGCAGCCGAGGGAAUCCUGCAGGAUGCGUAGAAGAUGACGAGAAACGUGGCAGUGGUCCGGCUUACUAGCCACUUACGCGGCGGAGGAGUGCGAUGGAGCGAAAAAGGCGUCGUAUGUUGUCUAAGAGACAGGGAAGAGUUUAUUCAUUGACACAACGCCGUCAGUCCCCUCGCGCUAUGGUAGGCGGUAUGAAUGACAUCAAACAUUCGCCAUGCGACA